AUGGUUCGCCUGCAGCUUCCGCCGGUGCCGGAAGGCGUCGAUCCGUACCUCUACAUCGAGCGCUACCUACACUACCUCUUCAAUCCGAUGCCGACGCCAGGUUUCGACGCUCGGCUGUACGUCCUAUGGGCGCUGAUGGGCUAUGGUAGCGUCAUGGCGAUCGUCUACCUCCAGUCAAACGGGCUGCACAUCGUCGGAAACCAACACGCCCUCUUCGCCUUCUUCUCCCUCGCGAGCUGCGCCGUCCUACUCUGCUACAAUAACAACUUUCGUCGCGUGGCGCUGCUACAGCGAUUCCAAUCCCGCACAUACUUCUGGCGUUCGCUUGUCUGGAUCCCCCUCAUUGUACACGCCUGGAUUUCGUCGUGGUCGAAUCUCCAGGCGGCGAUUCUAUCCUCGCAAAAGGCGACAAAGACACACAUCCUCUCGCCGAAACUCGCCAACGGCCUGUACAUCGCCGGCUUCCUCGUCCUCAUCCCCGUCAUCGUCCUCGACGUCUACACCGCGUUCGCAUGGAGGAAGACGUGGGACGCGGGCCUGGUCUUGCGGACAACCCUCACAUCGCUUGAUCAAGCGCGACCGAGCAACUCGGCACGAGCGGCUAAGGCUGCAAUUGCCGCUCAGUUUAACAGGGUUGCCGACAAGCUACACAUGCUCCAGGCCGUCCACGCUCUCUACGUCUUCACAAUGCUCAUCAUCAUCGGCGUCAACCUUGGCGGACUCGGCUUACUUUUCACGCUGCAGCGGCAGGUCAAGUUCAACAGCCACCUCUCCUUGCAGAUCCGUACUAGCAGUCACCCUGCUCACGCGUCUAGUACAACAAGUGCCGGCUCGUCCAUCGGGACUCCUCUCGCUUCGCCCGCCCUCGGUCCUCCCUCCACUGCCUUGCUCUCCGACCCGCCUCAUCCCCUCUCCCCGCGCGUCAACGGUGACCAAACACCGCCCAAGACAAAUCUUCUCCGCCACGUCUUCUUCGCCGGCCAGACGAAGGAGAAGGACGACUCAUCCGACACCACCGCUUCGAGAGGGCGGAAUCACAUCUCGGUUGGUCAACUGAAGGAGGCGGCGGAGAAUACGACGCAGGCGGGUGCGGCGACGAGGCAGCAGGCGAAGCAGUUGCUGGCGCUGCAGAAGGUCGAGUGGGACAUGAUUGUCGAACUCUCUCUCUCUCUCGCAAUCUCUCCCUCAUCCGUCUACUCUUCCUGGCGCACAAUGGAAGUCUCCUUCUACCUUGGUUUGUCCUCCCUCCCUUCCCUCCCUUUCGCUCCACCACUAACUCCCGCCCCUCUAGUCCCCUGGAUGUACCUAACAGGCGUCGACUGCUCGCUCACUUCCCUCACCCUCAACUCGAUCCGCCACCUCCUCUCCUCCUCCUCGCGCCUCGCAAAUGUGAUCGGCCUGCACGGCCGGCAGGUCGAUGGACGCCAAGUGAGUGUAUCGGGAUUGACGAGCGAUGAGUUGGAGAGUGAGAGUUAUGGGAGGCCGGGUGCCACACGGGCGUUGGGGACUAUAUCCCGCGUUGGGGAGGAGGAGGAGGGAGAGGAGAGAGGGCAUGUGGCGGUCAAGAUGGAUGCGAGGAAGAGGGACGAGACGCCUUCGGGGACGUCGACGGCGAGCGUCUAG